CAUGAAGCUGUCGAUCUGUGGCUCUAGGCGUCUAUGAGAUAUGGCCCUAGAUAUCUAAGUCGUCGCCUGGGAAUCUCUCAAGGGAGCCACCCCUUUCUGUCCAUUCACUUGUGCGUUUCAUGUAUCUCAUAUGCUAUAUAGGAACUGUCAUGCUGGUUUCGAAGCAUGUUUGCGAGGCACAGUUUGGACUUAAACGCGAAACUACCUGUUUUACGCCUGUGAAAGCUGCUCCAGGGAAAGCGUACCUCCAAGAUAGCCUUGGGCAAUUACGAAUCAAGACUUGAUGGUUGUUCGUAAUGCAAGUGACCUACACAGGCAUUUAGGGGUGGUGAUGAAAGAAGGUCAGAUGAGAGAUGGUUACCGAAAUGUGUGCAUCGAGUCGGGCAUGAAGCUGUCGAUCUGUGGCUCUAGGCGUCUAUGAGAUAUGGCCCUACAUAUCUAGGUCGUCGCCUGGGAAUCUCUCAAGGGAGCCACCCCUUUCUGUCCAUUCACUUGUGCGUUUCAUGUAUCUCAAAUGCUAUAUAGGAUAGUAACGGGAGCUAUGAGAUUGGGCGGGUAUCGCCCCGGCGUUGCGUGAACGUAGCGCUGUCGUGGGCAUCCCCGUGACCACCAGCCCCGUGUUCCUGUUCUACCACAAGCCCGUGUUCGCGCGCGACAACCUGACAGUGCCCGUCACGUGGGAGCAGGUGCUGGCGCUGGCGGAGCGGUACAACGGAACAGAUCUGAAUGGCGAUAGCGUGCCAGGCUACGGCAUGUGUAUGACCCCGUCAGAGUGCUUCGUAGACGGGACCAUUCUGACGUGGGUGCUGGGGAGCUACGCGCAGACGCAUGGCGCGUCUCAGGGUCUCUUCAUUGACGCUGAGACCAUGUCCAACCUGGCCAACACCAGCGCGUUAACGGCCGCGCUGGACGUGAUGCGGCGGCUGCGCCGUGUGGGGCCGCGAAGCGGCAACUGCGCCGUGUUUGAGGACGAGACAUACCUGGAGGGCCGCUGCCUGCUGUCCAUCACCACGCCCACCACCUUCAAGGCCGCCUACUCGCCCGAGAAGCCCGCCCGCUUCGCCGCCAUGCGCGGCCGCAUGGGCAUGGCGCCCUUCCCUGGAUCCACGCGCGUGCUGGACCGGGCCAGCGGCAACCUCACAGACUGCGACGCGGCGCGAUGCCCCAUGGCACGUGUGUACAUCAAUGACACAGUGAGUGACCCGCUUUGGUAAGCGCAAUUGUAGCCUUGACAGGUGAUACCUAGCGCCCUC